AUGACUGGCCAACUUUGUAAACUUUUCGUCGGCAGACUGAACGUGAACACCGACGACGACGGGCUACGCAAACAUUUCAAGCAGUUCGGCACUCUCACCGACUGCGUUGUCGUCGUGAACAAGCAGCUUCAGCAGUCCCGCUGUUUCGGCUUUGUAAUUUACUCGACACCGGAGGAGGCCGACGCAGCAAUGGCGGCUAGGCCACAUAUUGUCGACAGCAACACCGUCGAGCUGAAAAGAGCUGUGGCGAGGGAAGACGCCAACAGACCAGAAGUUUGCGCCCAAGUGAAGAAAAUAUUCGUCGGGGGACUGAAAAACGACAUCGAAGAGGACAACUUGAUCGAGUAUUUUUCCCAGUUUGGCGAAAUCGAGAAGUCCGAAGUUAUUUCGGAUAAGAUAACUGGAAAGAAGAGGGGCUUCGGCUUUGUUCACUUUCUGGACAACGACUCGGCCGACAAGGCGGUCGUGUUGAAGUUCCACAACGUCAAGGGACACAAAGUCGAGGUGAAGAAAGCCCUUACCAAGCUGGAGAUGGAGUCAGCCGACAGGGUUGGCAUGAUGAGGGGAGGGGGGGUGAGAGGUAUGAGGGGUCAAAAUGGCUCCUGCUGUGGGGGCUACGGCGGUGGUUACGGCGGGGUCUACGGAGGCCAGAUGGGAGGUUACGGCGGCGGGAACGGAUAUCACUAUCACUGUUUUGGUAACGGCUACUGUCAGCACUUAUAUGAUUAUGGUCUGAUGAAAGACCUCGCUCCAGGCUACGGUGCCCAGAGAAGCGCUCCUCCAUACGCCGGCGGAGGUGGCUACCAGAGAGGGGCCUAUGGCGGCGGAUAUUAA